AAAGCUAAGAAAUAAGAGAAGAUGAAAAGAAAGAGAGAGAGAAAGAAAACAUAAAUAUUUACAGUGUAUUUUAUAUUGAUAAGGGUUAAUCUAGUAUUUUCACAUUGAAUUAAAUUAUUUACGAUUUUUACCACUAAAAUACGAAGUAUUAAAUGAUUUUCCUCUAAAAAAUUGUUGAAUAAACAACCUGUGAAAGCAUGAGUGUUGAAGAAUCCAAGGUAGAACCAAAACCAGUUUUUAAAUCAUCCUCAUUUCAGUUACAUAAAGCAAUGAAGAAAAAAUGUGCCUGGAAAGGCCUGAAGCAAAUAAUUGCUUCAGAAAAAGCUUUGCCGUGGCCCGAAAAUGCCAUUCACUACAGUUCUAUAAACGCACCUCCAUCUUUCAAACCACCAGAAAAGUUCUCCGAUCUGUCAGGACUACCUGCCCCAUAUACAGACCCACAGACAAGGUUACGUUUUGCGAAUAAGGAUGAAUAUGCUACCAUUAUCGAUUUACCAAUGGAUAUUACAGCAGGUUAUUUGGCACUUCGAGGAGCUACAAGUAUUGUAGGAUGAAGAGAUUUGGUAACAUCUGGUUUUUAAUUACAUUCUUGGGGAGAAUUUAAAAAUUUGUGGAAAGUGUGUCACAUCAUAGUCCGCCACAUGUAGAUGCUCUGUUAAGCAAGUAUUUUUUCACAACCAGCAUUUAAACAGAUGUCUUUUUUUUGUUUGCUCUCAGGUUUCUUAGAUAGUGUCAUUUGAAAUAUAAUCGCAGUGUAAAUAUAUACUGAAAAAUAAAGUAUAGUGUAAUAUGUU